GAAGGUGGAAGUUGGAUUCUGAGCGAUCAAGGUGCCCACAGGAAUUCACUAGGGAUUUUGUCAGGAUUUGGAAAGACUUGGACAAGUAGAUCGAGGGGCCUCUUAGGAUUUCUUGCCUGUUGCCGCUCUUUGUCUCUGGUCUUCAGACUUCAAGAUGAACGUGCAAGCUUGUUCUAGGUGUGGCUAUGGAGUUUAUCCCGCAGAGAAGAUCAAUUGUAUUGAUCAGAUAUGGCAUAAAGCGUGUUUUCACUGUGAAGUUUGCAAGAUGAUGCUCUCUGUUAAUAACUUUGUGAGUCACCAGAAAAAGCCGUACUGUCACGCCCAUAACCCCAAGAACAACACUUUCACAAGUGUCUAUUAUACUCCAUUAAAUCUAAAUGCAAGGAAGUUUCCAGAGGCCGUGGGUGGGAUCAAUGACGCAGAAGAUGGUGAGCAAUUUAAAUCAGUUUUUCACUGGGACAUGAACUCCAAGGAUGGGGCAGGUGCACCUAACAGGCAACCACCGGUAAAUGAGACAGCCUAUUGGCCUAGAUACGGGGAAGGAAAUGCUUGGUGCCCAGGAGCCCUGCCAGACCCUGAAAUCGUGCGGAUGGUUGAGGCUCGGAAGACUCUCGGUGAGGAAUAUACAGAAGAUUAUGAGCAACAGAGAGGCAAGGGGAGCUUUCCAGCCAUGAUCACACCUGCUUAUCAAAGGGCCAAGAAAGCCAACCAGCUGGCUAGUCAAGUGGAAUACAAGCGAGGCCACGAUGAGCGCAUCUCCACGUUCACCACGGUGGCAGAUACCCCGGAGUUGCUGCGGGCCAAGGCAGGGGGACAGCUCCAAAGUGAUAUGAGGUACACAGAGGACUACGAACAGCAGAGGGGGAAGGGCAGCUUUCCUGCCAUGAUCACACCGGCUUACCAGAUAGCCAAAAGAGCCAAUGAGCUGGCGAGUGAUGUGAGAUACCAUCAACAGUAUCAGAAAGAAAUGAGGGGCAUGGCCGAGGCCUCAAAGGAACGUAGAGAGCAGUAUGGCCAGGGUUACUUGGAGGACUAUGAUGAGCCCAGGGGAAAGGGCAGCUUCCCAGCCAUGAUCACCCCAGCCUAUCAGAACGCCAAGAAGGCCAACGAACUCAUCAGUGAUAUAAAAUACAGGCAGGACUUCCAGAAGAUGAAAGGUGCGGCACAUUACCACUCUCUUCCAGCACAAGACAACUUGGUUCUCAAACGGGCUCAGAGUGUGAACAAGUUGGUGAGCGAGGUGGAGUAUAAGAAGAAUCUGGAAAGUAGUAAAGGUCACAGUAUCAACUACUGUGAAACACCUCAAUUCAGGAACGUGAGCAAGAUCUCAAAAUUCACCAGUGAUAAUAAAUACAAAGAAAACUACCAGAACCACAUGAGAGGCCACUACGAAGGCGUUGGCAUGGACAGACGCAUGCUCCAUGCUGUGAAAGUCGGCAAUCUGGCCAGCAAUAUCGCCUACAAGGCUGACUAUAAACAUGAUAUUGUCGACUACAACUACCCCGCCACUCUUACUCCAUCCUACCAGACAACCAUGAAACUGAUUCCCCUGAAGGACGUUAACUACAGGCAAAGCAUUGACAAGGUGAAGUACAGCUCGGUGACCAACACUCCGCAGAUUGUUCAAGCCAGAAUCAAUGCCCAGCAGCUGAGUCAUGUGAAUUACCGUGCAGAUUAUGAGAAAAAUAAGCUGAAUUACACAUUGCCACAGGAUGUGCCUCAGUUGGUGAAGGCCAAAACCAAUGCCGAGCUCUUCAGUGAGGUUAAGUACAAAGAAGGCUGGGAGAAGACAAAGGGAAAGGGAUUCGAGAUGAAGCUGGAUGCCAUGCCUCUGCUGGCCGCGAAAGCCUCUGGGGAGCUUGCUAGCAAUAUUAAAUACAAAGAAGAAUAUGAAAAAACAAAAGGCAAAGCCACGGGGACCGCAGACUCCAGGCUUCUGCAUUCCCUGCAGGUGGCCAAGAUGAGCAGCGAGGUUGAGUACAAGAAAGGCUUUGAAGAAAGUAAGACCCACUUCCAACUGCCCAUGGAUAUGGUAAACAUCAGGCACGCCAAGAAGGCCCAAGCUCUCGCCAGUGACCUGGAUUACAGGAAGAAGCUGCACGAAUACACUGUGCUGCCCGAAGACAUGAAGACCCAGUGGGCCAAGAAGGCCUACGGGCUCCAGAGUGAGCUGCAGUACAAGGCUGACCUGGCGUGGAUGAAGGGAGUUGGGUGGCUCACGGAGGGGAGUCUCAAUCUGGAACAGGCCAAGAAGGCUGGCCAGCUGGCCAGUGAGAAAAACUACCGGCAGAGGGUGGACGAGCUGAAGUUCACCAGUGUGACCGACAGCUCCCAGAUGGAGCACGCCAAGAAGAGCCAAGAACUGCAGAGUGGGGUGGCCUACAAGGCAGGGAACGAGCAGUCUGUCCAUCAGUACACCAUCAGCAAAGAUGAGCCUCUCUUCCUACAGGCCCGAGCCAAUGCUGCCCAACUCAGUGAGAAACUAUACAAGAGCAGCUGGGAGAGCCAGAAGGCAAAAGGCUUUGAGCUGCAUCUCGACUCCCUGACCUUCUUGACAGCCAAGGCCAAGAGGGACUUGGCCAGUGAGGUGAAGUACAAGGAGGAUUACGAGAAGUCCAGAGGGAAGCUGAUCGGGGCCAAGGGUGCCCAGGGGGACUCACAAAUGAGUCACUCGCUGCAGAUGUCCAAGCUGCAGAGCGAGCUGGAGUACAGGAAGGGAUUCGAGGAUACCAAGUCCCAGUGCCACGUCUCGAUGGACAUGAUCCACCUGGUGCACGCCCGCAAGGCUCAGGGUCUUGCCACAGACAUCGGCUACAGGACAGCAUCGCAUCGCUUUACGGCUUUGCCCACAGACAUGAAAGUGGAAUGGGCCAAGAAGGCUUACGGCUUACAGAGCGAUAACCAAUACAGGGCGGAUGUGAAGUGGAUGAAAGGCACGGGCUGGGUCGCCACCGGGUCAUUAAAUGUGGAGCAGGCAAAGAAGGCAGGAGAACUCAUUAGCGAGAAGCAGUACCGUCAGCAUCCAGAUGCUUUGAAGUUUACCAGUAUUAAAGACACUCCGGAGAUGGUCCAGGCCAGAAUUAGUUAUACCCAGGCCGUGGAUAGGUUGUACAAGGAGCAAGGAGAAAACAUAAAGCAUCAUUACACACAGACUGCCGACCUCCCUGAAGUCCUGCUGGCCAAGCUGAAUGCCAUGAAUAUCAGUGAGACGCGUUAUAAGGAGUCCUGGAGCAAACUUCGAGAAGGCGGCUAUAGAUUGCGGCUGGAUGCCCUUCCGUUCCAGGCGGCAAAGGCUUCUGGCGACGUCAUCAGCGAUUACAAAUACAAAGAGGCAUUUGAGAAAAUGAAAGGACAGAUGCUUGGCUCCCGGAGCUUGGAAGAUGAUCUCAGCCUUGCACAUUCAGUGCACGCGACCGCUCUGCAGAGCGACGUAAAUUACAAGAAAGGCUUUGAACACUCCAAGGGGCAGUUCCAUCUGCCGCUGGACAUGGUCACCCUGGUGCAUGCCAAGAAGGCUCAGACCCUGGCGAGCGACCAGGACUACAAACAUCCACUCCCCCAGUACACCUCCUUGGCCGAAGACCUGAGGCUGAGCUGUGCCAAGAAAGCGCACAGGUUGCAGAGCGAGAAUCUGUACCGCUCUGACCUGAACUUCAUGCGAGGCGUGGCCUGUGUGGUUCCCGGCACAGUGGAGAUCGAAGGGAGGAAGAGAGCGUCUGAGCUCAUCAGUGAGAGUAAAUACCGUCAGCAUCCCUGGUCGUUCAAACACACAGCUGUGACAGACACGCCCAACCUCCUGCACGCAAAACUCAGCAACCAGAUCACAAAUGAGCGCCUUUAUAAAGCAGCUGGAGAGGACGCGCGACACCAGUACACAAUGACCCUGGGCUUGCCCGAGUUUGUCCGAGCAAAGACCAAUGCAGCCAAUCUGAGUGACGUGAAAUACAAGGAGUCUUGGCGUAAUCUGCGUGCUCAAGGCUACAAGCUGACAAUGCAGGCGCUCCCCUUCCAGGCUGCCCGGGCCUCUGGGGACAUAGCCAGUGAUUUUCUCUACAGACACGACUUUGUGAAGGAGCGAGGGAGGUUCAUCGGGGUCCGGAGCGUGAGUGACGACCCCCGGCUCCAGCACUGCAGGCGGAUGGGCCAGCUACAGAGCGAGAACCAGUACAGGAGGGAGGCGGCCAGCAGCCAAGCCCAGUGCCACCUCCCCAUGGACAUGGUGCACCUGGUCCACGCCAGGAAGGCCCAGGCCCUGGCCAGUGACCACGACUACCGCACACAGUGCCAUGAAUUCACAGCACUGCCCGAGGAUCUGAAGAUGGCUUGGGCCAAGAAAGCUCAUAGCCUGCAGAGUGAGUGGCGCUACAAGUCAGACCUGAUGGGCAUGAAGGGCACAGGAUGGCUGGCGCUGAGAUCUCCGCAGAUAGAGAGCGCAAGGAAGGCUGCAGAACUCAUCAGUGAGACCAAAUACCGUGACAAGCCAGACAGGAUCAAGUUCACCACGGUGGUUGAUUCCCCAGAUCUGGUUCAUGCCAAAAACAGCUACGUGCACUGCAAUGAGCGUCUGUACAGGUCUGGGGACGCCGAAUCCCUGCACAGAUACACCCUGAUCCCCGACCACCCGGAUUUCGCCCGAGCCCGCCUCAACGCGCAGCAUCUGAGCGAUAAAGCCUACCGAAACUCUUGGGAGCAGAUCCGGGCCGGUGGCUAUGACUUCAGGCUAGAUGCCAUCCCGUUCCAGACUGCCCGGGCGUCCAGGGAGAUUGCCAGCGACUUCCGGUACAAGGAGGCCUUCCUGCGGGACCGGGGCCUGCAGAUUGGGUACCGCAGCAUCAGUGACGACCCAAGGAUGAAGCAUUUCCUCACCGUGGGCAGACUUCAGAGUGACAAUGAGUACAAGAGGGACUCUGCCCAGAGGCGGUCCCAGUUCCACAGCCGUGCAGACCAGCCAGGAUUUCUGCACGCCAAGAGGAGCCAGCAACUGGCCAGCGACGUGCAGUACAGACAGCCCCUGCCCCAGCCCACAAGUGACCCGGAGCAGCUGGGCCUGAAGCACGCACAGAAAGCCCACCGGCUGCAGAGUGAUGUCAAGUAUAAAUCGGACUUGAACCUGACCAGAGGUGUUGGCUGGACUCCUCCUGGCUCCUACAAAGUGGAAAUGGCUCGGCGGGCUGCAGAACUGGCCAACGCAAGGAGCCGGGGUCUCCAGGGGGCUUAUGGAGGGCCAGAGGCCAUGGAGUCUGGAGAUGAUCCCAGGGGGCAGGUGAACCCAGAUGCCACUGAGAUCCUGCACGUCAAAAGGAAGAAGGCUCUGCUGUUGUGAGCGAGUGGUGUCCACGCCAGUUCUUAAGAGAGAAGCCGGAAGAGCAAACUUGCAUCUGAAGAUCCAGACUUUAGAUGGCCCCAAGUGGAAAAGCCGGAACAAUGGAACACCCGCCCAUCCCCAGACCUGGGUUUAUUAAAACAACUCUGAAAGCAA